AUGUUGAAACGCUGGCUAUGUACUCUCUUUAGCUGUUGCAGCAAAGAGGAGACGGAAAGCAUUCAUCCCACGAGAACGAAUGAGGUCAACAACCCAAUGAGUAUGGAGAUGCGCAAGACGGAAACCGCCAAGAGCUCAACGAAUUCGCUAGUCCAGCAAACGACUUCAGACAACCAUCAAACGAAAAAGGCUAAAUCUGAAGUGGAUGGCUUAGUUACACCAAAGACCCUGGCGGCAUCGGAGGAGCUACAUACCGACGGGUCAGUCACUAUUACACAGGACAGAUUCAAGAGCUCAACGGGGUUAUUUACACAACUAACAACUUCUCACAACUAUCAAACGACGAAGAUUGAACUUGAACCUGAGCGGUCAGUAACACCUAAGAACCUGUACCCAUCGGAAAAUCCACACAGAUAUGGUCCAGUAGACGCCAUAAAAGAGAAGGUCGAGAAGCCAUCGACUGCAUCAAAAUUAGCCUCCCUUCCAGACGAGAUUAUCUUAAACAUCCUUCGCCAAAUAUAUGAAGGCGCUGACCAACAUUCUCGGUUUGCAUUCUUUGUCCUUCGGCAGCAUAGUACCUGGGUAUUCAGAAAAGCCCAUUGCUUCGAGCGCAAGAUAAGAUACGAAGACACAACAGGACUCGCAAAUCUUGUCAGAAAGGACAAGAUCUGCGAAGAAUGCCAACUGGAAGUCGACAAAAGACAGAGAGAUGGUGUUUCAUUAACGUGCAAGUUUGCCGCCCGAGACAACCGAGAUUGGGUAUACUGCUACAAGUGCUUUGUUGAACAUCCAUCUUCAUGUUUUUCCCGCGAAGAAUUACAAAAGGAAUCAAAACGAGCAUGCAUUGCCAAAACAGGUUAUGUUCGUCUUUGCGAACAUAAGGUCCUGUUUUAUGAUGACAUAGAAUCCCAGACUACGCGAGCCGGUGGGUUCAUCGAGAUUGAAAACUGCACACAUCUGAGCCACUUGGAAAACGAUCUCCCUCAUAACGAAAUCCCCAAUGCCAAGAUAUCUGGCUGUCAUGGUGGCAAACUUAGUCUGUCGUUGUCAUUAACUGUCGUCUCAGCCGAGAGAUGCCAGAAUCUUGUGACAAGCCAGACUAGCAGCGUAGCAGCCGACCAAGUACUGGAGGCUAUUCAGUCCGUUCGCCGGCAUGGAGCGCAAUGCAUUGUCCCAGAGCGCAGCACGAAAGCUCUUCUUGAAAUGGACGCUUUCAUCACGCCAGACAACCCUGUAACAGAAGAGAGGAUGUGGACACCCAUCAGGAAAUGGCCCAAAGGCGUCGAGCCCAAGGACUGCAACGACUGGGAGAACCAUACUAACGGGCUGUCGGUGUUUUGUGAGCCUCGCCACUACGGACCCGAUAAAUCGAUCACUCGUCUUUGCUUUCUGUAUGAGACAAAGAUAUGUGUCAGAAACUCGGAUUGGCGUUCCUGGAACGUGCUCUAA